GCGUUGGUGCUUGGUUGGGUUCGGUUUCCGGGGUUAGUCUCGCCUUGUUGGUGUUGGGGUUUUAGGCUGGGUGGCAAGUGGGCCCUGGCGGUGGUAGGGGGGCUUCAGCUUGGUCAGGGGUUGUCUGUCUGUGUGAGGUGUGGAGAGCUUGUUCUUCUACAAGCCCCCCCCCCCUCCAGUCGCUGUGACCGGGGGUUCGAGCCGAAAUGGCGACAAAUUAUUCUCCCAAAGACGAUGACGGUGACCAGCACAAGAGCAGGAAGCCGGACAACACUGCGUUUAAGCAGCAACGCCUGCCCGCCUGGCAGCCUAUCCUGACCGCAGGCACCGUCCUGCCUGCUUUCUUUAUCAUAGGCCUCGUUUUCAUCCCCAUUGGUAUCGGCCUCUUCGUCACCUCCAAUAAUAUUAAGGAAUUCGAGAUUGAUUAUACUGGCAUUGAGCCAAAUUCUCCCUGUAACAACUGUGCUAUGAAUGGUACGUGGAAUACAACGUGUUCAUGUGAAGUUCACUUCCAGCUGGAUCAACCGUUUGAGGGUAAUGUUUUCAUGUAUUAUGGAUUAUCAAAUUUCUACCAGAACCAUAGACGAUACGUCAAAUCAAGAGAUGACAGUCAGCUUAAUGGUGAUAAGGCUUCUUUAAAAGAUCCCAGUAAGGAAUGUGAGCCAUAUCGUGUGUCUGAUGGACUACCUAUUGCCCCUUGUGGAGCUAUUGCAAACAGUCUGUUUAAUGAUACUUUGGUACUGUACUAUAUGGACAAUGGCACUCGAAGUGAGAUUCCUUUGAUCAAGAAAGGUAUUGCAUGGUGGACAGACAAGAAUGUCAAGUUCAGGAACCCAACAGGGGAUUCCAAUUUAUCAACCAUUUUUAAAGACACUGCAAAACCUGUGAACUGGCCAAAGCCAGUGUAUGAACUGGAUCCAACUGAUAAGGAUAACAAUGGAUUUAUCAAUGAAGAUUUCAUUGUGUGGAUGCGUACUGCAGCUUUACCCACUUUUCGUAAGCUGUACAGACUUAUUGAGAAGAAGGAUUCAUUGAACCCUACAUUGCAACAAGGAAACUACACAUUGCAAGUUACCUACAAUUAUCCAGUGCGCAGCUUUGAUGGGCGAAAAAGAAUGAUCUUGAGCACCAUUUCUUGGAUGGGAGGAAAGAAUCCAUUCCUUGGGAUCGCUUACAUCACUGUUGGCUCCAUCUGCUUCUUUCUGGGAGUUGUAUUACUGAUCAUCCAUCACAAAUAUGGGAACCGCAACACCAGUGCUGACAUUCCUAAUUAGUAGCGUCUUUGCAACAGACUAACUGCAUGUGCAUCCAUUCAGAGUUCUGAUGUGUGAUGAAUCUGUAGGAAAAUCUUAGAAGGCCAGACCAGUUAUUAUACAUGAAAUGAGAUUUGGCUGUCUCUUCAGUACAUUGUCAUUAUCUGAUUGUCUUCUCAAAUAUACUAAGGUCCUUUUGAUUUGCAGGUGAAGCAGUGUGUGCAGAAUUGCUUGUUCCUUUUUUUACAAUCGCUAAUGGCUAUAAAUUUUAACUUCUGUGCAUAUGGAUGUUAAUAUUCUUGGAUGUACAAAUCGCUUUUAAUGUUUCUUGAACAAUGGUAAAAUUAAUGCACUUUUGCUUUUACUUGCCAAUCAGAAAUUGUCAGUGGAUUGUGCAAGUUCCGCUAAGGAUCUAGGGAGACCUACGUCAUCUCCUGUGCACAUGGUGAGUUUUCCACCCCCGCCCCACCACCCCACCAUUAACAAACUGGCCAGUUCAGAUUAUUGUUUAGUAAGACAAAAAUGCAUAUAUAUUGGGCAGUACGUUUUACUUUUAGUUUUCAGAGAAUUAUUUUGCCCCUCCAUAUGGAAAUGAAAUUUUGCAAUUAUUUUUUCACUUUUUAUCCAAUGCAUUCACAUGACAUCAAAAAAUAAGCAACCAAUUGGAAAUUGAGGUUUUAGAGGGUCAGAACUGAAAUCAGCUUAAUAUUCCAUUGCAAAAUAUAACAAGCAUAAUCCUUUUAUGCUAUAAAGCAGCUUCAAGUUAUGCUGAUUUCCCAAAGCCCCUAUACCCAACAUUAUUGUAGUACCUUUCAAUUGUAGACCAAUCAACCCGUCUGCAGAUGGUACAAACUAAGUAGAUGUGUUUCAGCAGGGUACACAAAAACUUUGUUGAGAAGGGAGUAAAUGUGAGCAUUUAAACUACUGAAGUACAUCCUUAGCAGUUGUAACUCUUGUAUUGUAAAACAUCCCUUGUAUUUGAAUUCUUUAUUACAAAGCAAUGGAGAGGGGAUGAGUAUAUUCCUUUAUGGGAAGGGAAUUGUCAGUUGUGUAAUUGGUGGGGAGGUAGUGGAGGCUGAAUAUAAACUUUGGUGGCCAAAUUUUGUUGGUUGUAAUUUAUUAGUAUGUAAAAUUAAUGAUAUAAAAAUAAAUGUUUGGCUGUAAGCAGCUCAAUGUUGCUUUGUUUUGUGCUGGAGAAUUUAUCUUGUGCAGGUAUGUGGGAGGAGAGUUUUUUUUCUUUAAAACUCCUUUCCAGCUUCACUUUUUGUCAUGAAACAUUCUGCUCGGUAGGUUGACAUAUAAACAUAUCUUUUUCUGGGGUUGAGGAAUGAAUAUGUUGCACUUAAUGCACAGACCACCACGUAAAUUAGCCAUGCAACAUUGGAUUUUUAGAGUAUUGUCCCAUCUACUGUUGAAAAAAUGCAUGUGUAAUAUGAAUGUAAUUAAAGUUUAUUUAUCACA